AUGGUCCGACUUUUCGCGGCCGGUGUGCUUGCUCUAUCCAUGCUUGUGGCCUCAACCACAGCUCGCCCGAUGUGGCAGAUCCGGGACGAUUCGAACAGUACCUCAGUACAGUCGUCAAAUAAUACGUCGGACUCGAACUCGAACUCGACGGUGUCCGGAUCGAACAACAACAACACGUCGGUGUACUCUCUGUCUGCGGACGCGUACAACUCCACGUUGUACAACAACAGCAACGUCAGCUCGAGUGACUCAAAUAACUCGAGCGCCUACAACUCGACCAAUCUUAGCAACUCGAACGUGACGGAUUCAUUACCUUCGAACAUGACGGACGCCCUGAAGAGCAUCGCAGGCAAGAUCUCAUCUGAUUGGCGCUCAAACGCAGGAGAGACGAUUGUGGUGCAAACUGUCGUCAAGUCUCUCGUGGUCACCGAGGUCCAAAAGACGACCAUCGAGCAGAAGGACAUUCAGACGAUCAUCGACCAAGUACAGUCCUUCGGCAUCAACGUUAACUCGAACGAUGUGACCGGCAUCGUCUCGAACCAGAUAUCCGAGAGGAGCCAGUCCCAGAUUAUCGUUGAGAUGCUGCAAACGAUCUUACAGGUAGUGGAUGUCACGACCGUCACCACAAAGGAGGUCGAUACGGAGCAAACGGUCGUUAUUUCUACGUAG